GAGGGACCUCGGCGCGCGCACGGCUGCGGCCGAGGCGGGCGACCCUGCAGGCCUGACCGUGCGUGUCUCUCCUGCUCUUCCCUGUGGCCGUUCCGGCCCGAGAAGCUCCAGUCGGGAGUCGUACGACUGCAGUCUGGGAUACCAUCUAUUCGAGGUUUACAAAACAGCAGAACUUCUACAUGGUUUUCGCCAAAUGCUUGUUCGUUUUCCCUCUGGCCUCAAUGGCACGGAGGCGGACGGACUCCGAAAGAGAAUUAUUUCGCGUUGAUGCCACUCUAUCGAGCUCAAGUGUCUCAAACGGCACAGAUGCUUCAGCAUCUGUGGCAGGCGCGUGUGAUUCUUGCGACACGUAUGGAUGGGCUGCUUGCGGACUCUGCCCUAAUUGUAAGUGGCGCAGUGAGAAGUGUAUGCACAAAUGCACGUCUUGCUGUGCAUACGACCAGGGGUGCACUGCCGAUUAUUGCAUAUGCAAUGGGAAAACAAAUGUAUUUGAGGACAUGUGGAAAUCUUGUGGAUCGCAGCGUGGCGCAAAGACGUACUACUUUCAGAUCCGCGUACCUCACGGACCAGACCACGCAAAUGAUUCCUUCAUUGCAAUUGAAUUCCAGCGCUCCCUUGACGACCCGCAAUUGAUCCUCCAUUUCAACCAGGAGUGGACGAUUCAGACGAUUCGACAAAUGACGGGAUGCCGCCAACGCGACAACGGUGGCCAUGCCCCAAUGCCAGGCGCGUUGCUCGAGCAGACCAGCAUCACGAACCAGACGGACGAGCACAGUGGCAGUGCCGACUUCAGCGCAGGUCACGGACAAAGUCUCGUGGACGUCAGCCAGGGACAGUCUCGUGGAAGCCAGCAGUAUAUAGUUUGCGAUUGGAACAAAACGCUCCAAUGGAUUCCGAUGCCUGCGAGUCAAACAGACAAGCCUACCACCGAAAUCAUCCAUCUGGCCGACGUGGAAUACAUCCGCGUGUUUAAAGAGACAAUUGCAAAGGCCAGAAUGAGCGUCACAGUUUUGGAAAUCAAACGCCCUGGAUCUGGUGAUCCAUUGAAGAUCUACGGAGGAUUGUACAUACCGCCGUUCGCGUUCGAGUAUGCGAUGGAUGCGUUCUGGCCGGCCGGAUCGGAAAGCGUUCCACCACCCGUAGACGACGGUUCAGGGAUUUAUGUAUCAGAGCCGAAGGUAGAAUACAACAAGCGCGGGAGUAGUUGGUGGUUGUGGUUCGACCCCGAACAUUUGCCUGUCCAAUAUGCGCACUACCGAGUGUCCAAGAUGUUCGAAUUUCUUGAGGAGCAUCUGAAGGACAGUGGCAAGUCUAUGCCCAAUCAGCAUCAAGGGGCCGUGGUAGCAGCCUGGUUCGGUGGGUUCUUUGCCGGCCAGGUGGGCGCUAUGACAGGAGCCGUCAGCGCCGGACUGCUCACGGCCUCUCUUGGCCCAGUUGGCAUUCCUCUCGUGUUCGUUGGCUUCUUGGGCGGUUUUGCCCUGCCCUUUGGGAGCAUCGUCUGGGGCACGACCCAGGGUGCCGAGGCGGACACGCAGCGAGAGCUGAGGCUCCUGGCCAGCGAGAAGAUCUUCGAGAAGAUGCGGUGCCACGAGCUGUUCCAGCGGUGCGGCGGCGUGGCAGUGGCGCCUGGGCACGGCCGUUGCCCGUACUCGAUGCCCAGGGCCCGAGUUCCGGGCGCUCGGCGCCCCCCGUCUGCCCCAGGUCGCCCAGAGGGCCGGGAGCGGCGCCUCGCACGAUCGAAGGCGCCUACGUACGGCGAGUCACCGCCGCCCCCUGCCUUUUUGGAAGCGCCCGCGUGGCCGAAAGUCGGGUUUGAGUUGGGCCAGGCUAUCGGGCCACGCGUUCCCCAACGGUUCAAGCGGAGGAUGGGGAUCAUCACGUGGUUGGAGGGCGCAACGAGUUUGUUGCACCCGUGCCCUGCAUCCUGCUAGAAGGCUAGGACUUUUGCAUUAUGGCGGUCUCGCGGGGAUUGUCAAAAAGAAAAGAUGUGCAGCGGGACGAUAUGGCAUGCUUGAAAAGCAUAUGCCCCCGGAUCUUCGCUCCAGCACGGCAACGCACGUUCGCAUUCGUGUUAGGGGGUGGGCGUCUAAUGAAGAAGCGAG